GCCUCCUACAUCUACACCCGACAGUCAGUUCCUCAGCGGCGAUGUCGACGUCGCGGCUGUGAUGCUGUGAUGCUGUGGCUCUUGCGAGUGAUCACAAGGCUGCAUGCCAUGCGUCCUGUCUACAUUGUACGCAUUGCGGUACAGGGCAAAAAAGCUGCCCGCAUACCUACAUGCUGCAACACAGACGACAACAGCUCUGGCCUCGAAUCCAUACGCCUUUUCGUUUGCCGUGACGCUGGGUGCUGUGUCUGUGGUCGUCCGCAUGACUGGAUCGGGUCUCCGCCCUCGAGUUCCGGUAUCGCAGGCAGACGUAUAUCAAGCUCCCGCCGUCACGCCUGCCACGGCAGUCGCUGCUGCGUGCCUUGCACGUGUGCUCGAGCUGCUUCGGGUGCUGGCUUUCCAUUGCUGGCGAGAUUCUUGGAUCGUCUUACUUGGUUAAUGGAUUGUGGUUGGCGGGAUGGCUGUGCAGCUUCUGAUCGUGGCGGGGGGUUUGCUUCUGAUUGCCUUGGUGUGCGGGGAUAAGUGAAGCUCGAGACGUGAGGUAAGGUUGUUCUCUCUUCUGAACUGCUCGUGGUUUGUCGGGAAUCUUCCCCUCUUUCCAAACUU